AUGGGUAUAGCAAGAAAGUUCAUUCAACAGUUUAUUUUGUUUAAUAUUUGUGUGACACUAAUUCUCAAUUAUAACGUUGUGUUCAGUUCAGAAGUUGGUAACGGAAAAAUCAAGUGCCUCAAGGCAGAGAAAGAAGCUCUUCUCAGGAUCAAACGGGAGUUGUUGGACGUCCAAGGCCGAAUUUCUUCUUGGGGAAAUGAAGGAUAUAAUCAAGAUUGUUGCAGAUGGAGAGGCGUCCAUUGUGAUAAUCAAACCAGUAAUGUCAUCCGACUUGUUCUCCGUGGCCCCUCUGGUGCCAAUGCAAAUGUUGCUGUUGCACCAUUGGUUGGUAAGAUAAGUCCUGCCUUGCAAGAACUAAAGCAUUUGAAAUAUCUGGAUCUUAGUUACAAUCGAAUUUCAGGAGGCAUACCAGAUUUUGUUGGUUCUCUGAGUAAGUUAGAUUACUUAAACUUAUCUUGUGUUGGUAAUGAUUUUACAAAAGUUCCUUCCAAUAUUGGCAACCUUUCUAAUUUAAAUACCCUUGAUUUGAGCUAUAAUGAUUUUCUAUCUGUGAAUAACCUCAAGUGGCUCUCUGAUCUUCGUCAAUUGAGAUAUCUUGUCAUAAAUGGUGCUGAUCUAAGUAAAGCAAAUGAUUGGCUAGAAGCAGUUUCCGAGCUUCCCUUCCUCCAAGUCUUGAGCUUUCGUCGUUCUAUGCUCCCUGAAGUCCUCACUUCCAGUACUCCUCCAAUUUCCCUUACAACCCUUGAUCUCUCCUCUAAUUUUCUGAAUACUUCUAUAUACACCUGGCUGUUUGACAUUACCAAUCUGGUUAAACUUGAUCUCUCUUCUAAUGAUUUAGAUGGUCUUAUACCCGAUGCAUUUGGGAACAUGUUAUCCCUUGCUCAUCUAAAUCUUUCUGGAAACUUUUUCCAAGGUCCCAUUCCUGUUGUUUUAUGGAAUAUGAAAUCCCUGCAACAACUUGAUCUGUCUGGCAAUGCAUUUGGAGGUGGUCUUCCCAGUUGCUUUGGGAAAAUUAGUAAUUUGAAAUCGUUGCGAGUAUCUUUUUGUAGCUUGACUAGACAGCUGCCUCAGAUAAUGAAAAACUUGUCAUGCAUGACAAAUUCUCUAGAAUACCUGAACCUAGAAAGGAAUCAUAUCAGUGGUUUACUGCCUGAUGUUUUAGCAAACUUUUCAUCUUUGAGAGAACUGAGGCUCGGACAUAAUGAGAUGAAUGGAUCCAUUCCCAGAGUUGUUGGAAAACUUUCAAGUCUUGUUCUUCUAGAUCUAUCUUGGAAUGGAAUCGCGGGAUCAGUCCCCGAUCUUUUGCUAUUAUCAUCUCUGAGGGAUUUGCAUCUUUCCCAUAAUCAGUUAAGUGGCUUAACUGACAGUAUUGGACGCCUUUCCAAACUUGAGAGGUUAUACCUCGAUUCUAACCAGUUCGAAGGCACAAUAUCUGAAGCUCAUCUUUUCAAACUCCCACGAUUACGCGAGUUGGAUCUCUCUUUCAAUGCUCAACUACAUGUUCAGAUCAGUUCAGAUUGGAUCCCCCCAUUUCAACUGGAGGGCAUUCGUCUGGCACACUGUAGAUUGGGUCCUGACUUUCCAAACUGGCUGCGGAACCAGAAUAACAUUUCUGUACUUGAUUUGUCAGCCUCUGGAAUUUCAGGUAACAUUCCUAGUUGGUUCUGGGACCAGCUACCUGGACUCAACUUCUUAAACUUUUCUUACAAUGAUAUUGGUGGAACUAUACCAGAUCUCUCAAGAAAGACUGCUCUUCUUCGAAUAGAUUUGAGUUCAAACAAAUUCAGUGGUCUAAUACCACAACUUCCUACUAACGUGACAACGGUUGAUCUCUCCAGAAAUUCUUUUUCUGGGACCAUCUCUUUUGUUUGUGACAAUUUUGAUUCCUUAGGAUAUCUUGACCUCUCAGAUAACCUGUUAUCAGGAGAGCUUCCAAGUUGUUGGACGCUUAGAAGUCUAACGCAUCUCAAUUUAGCCAACAACAAUUUCUCUGGGAAGAUACCUAAUUCAAUGAGAUCAUUGCAGAUGUUGGAAAUGCUACACCUUCGAAAAAAUCAGUUGACUGGAGAACUACCCCGGUCCCUAGAAAACUGCCAAAGGUUGAGUUUUAUAGAUGUUGGGGAAAAUGCCUUGUCUGGUGAAAUUCCAGCAUGGAUUGGGAAUAGCUUAACUGAUAUCAUAGUUGUUAUCUUAAGGUCCAACAAGUUCAGUGGAAGCAUACCUUCAAGCAUAUGCCAGCUAACAAAGCUUCAAAUCUUAGACUUAUCGCAAAACAAGAUAUCUGGGACCAUACCAAAAUGUAUCAACAAACUCGCUGCAAUGACUGAAGAAGAGAGCCCAACAGAAAAAAUCAAGAGUUGGUAUUUUCAGGUAGACGAUGAAGGUGAUGUCACAAUGAAUGCCUCGUAUGAUGAGAGUGCAUUUUUGAUGUGGAAGGGAAGAGAGUCUGAAUACAGCAGUAUACUUGGAUUGGUGAAAAGCAUAGAUCUUUCAAGUAACAAAUUGGUGGGAGAAAUCCCUAUGGAAAUCACUUCUCUUGUGGGUCUUCUUGGUUUGAACCUGUCAAGAAACAACUUAACCGGCAGCAUCCCUCUGAAGAUUGGCCAGUUGAGGGCAAUAAAUUUCUUAGACUUAUCCAUAAACGGACUUUCAGGGAAUAUUCCUAGUAGCUUUUCACAGUUAAGUCACUUGGGAGUCUUCAACUUGUCUUACAACUUAUCAGGUAGAAUCCCUUUAGACACUCAAUCACAGACCUUCAACUCCUCAUCCUACUUUGAAAAUCCUGGACUAUGUGGCUCUCCACUAACAGAAGCUUGCCCUGGCGACGAAAUGCCUCAACAUCCAACGUUGGAUGUUGAUAGUGAAGAGGAAGAGGACGAGGACGAGUUCACUAGUGCAGAAUUUUAUAUUAGCAUAGGAAUUGGCUUCGUUUUCGGAUUUUGGGGUGUCUGUUAUGCUUUGAUCCUAAAUAGAACAUGGAGAUAUGCCCUUUUUAGAUUCUUGGAAAAUAUUGUAAAGCAUUAUGUGUAA